GCCACGUGGCGGUCGCCGCCGCGUCCGCUUCUCCGGCCACCGGCGGCGUCACGCCGGUCCCUCCCCGCCCCAGGGGCUCGACUGUAAAGCGCCACACGGUAUCAGUGUUCGUUGGGGAUGAGAGCGGGAUGAUCAACCGAAUUGCCGGCGUCUUCGCCAGGAGAGGAUACAACAUCGAGUCGUUGGCCGUCGGGCUGAACAAGGACAAGGCGCUGUUCACGAUAGUGGUGUCCGGAACAGAGAAAGUACUCCAACAGGUUGUGGAGCAGCUCUACAAACUUGUUAAUGUCAUACAGGUUGAGGAUUUGUCAAAGGAGCCACAAGUUGAGAGAGAGCUCAUGCUGAUAAAGCUGAACGUAGAGCCAGAGCAGCGUCUUGAGGUGAUGGGGUUGGUUGACAUUUUCAGAGCAAAAGUGGUUGAUCUUUCAGACCGUACACUGACUAUUGAGGUAACUGGAGAUCCUGGAAAAAUGGUCGCUGUACAGAGGAACAUGAGCAAGUUUGGGAUCAAAGAAGUUGCCAGAACUGGCAAGAUAGCUUUGCGGCGUGAGAAAAUGGGACAAGCGGCUCCCUUUUGGAGGUUCUCUGUAGAAUCCUAUCCUGAUCUUGAAGUGAAAAGGCCUUCAGAAUCUACCCUAAGCACUGCAUCAAACACAACCAAUGGCGAGUCUGAAGAAUCUUUGCAGGGUGAUGUUUAUCCAGUGGAAUCUUAUGAAAGCUUCUCGAUAAAUCAAAUUCUUGAUGCUCAUUGGGGUGUGAUGACUGACAGUGAUCCUACAGGGUUUUGUUCACAUACUUUGUCGAUCCUUGUUAAUGAUUUCCCUGGAGUUCUCAAUGUUGUAACUGGUAUCUUUUCCCGGCGGGGCUACAAUAUUCAGAGUCUUGCUGUUGGUCCAGCUGAAAAAAUAGGCACUUCUCGCAUCACUACUGUCGUUCCUGGGAGUGAUGAGUCUAUCGCCAAGCUAAUACAUCAACUUUACAAGCUCAUCGACGUUUAUGAGGUCCAAGAUCUUACACAUUUACCGUUUACUGCUAGAGAGUUAAUGAUCAUAAAGGUCGCUGGGAACACUUCAGCUCGCAGGGCUAUCCUGGAUAUUGCUGAGGAUGUUUUCGGGGCCAAAACGGUUGACGUAUCAGACCACACAAUAACUCUUCAGCUCACUGGAGACCUUCAUAAAAUGGUCGCACUACAAAGGAUGCUUGAGCCGUACGGCAUCUGUGAGAUUGCACGAACCGGCAGGGUUGCGCUGAGCCGUGAGUCAGGAGUCGAUUCCAAGUACCUCCGUGGGUAUUCUCUUCCUCUAUAACAUGGCAGUUGAAGACUUCACGCCAAUCAGUUUGCAGAUUGCCAUUCUUCUGAUACCGGAUCUCCUAAACUCCGAAUGUGCAAUGGUUUUUCGUUUGCUUGGGAGCAUACAGCAAAAAGGCACCGGUCACAUUUAGGUUAACUAGAUUUGCACCAUCUUCUAAAGUUUUUUUUAUAGAUACUACAGAGAAAUGGAAUUGAGAUUUUUAAUCCCAUGUGAAUACCAUGUUUUGGGCUUCCUUCUUUGAAGUAGCAAACAGAAUUAUAUCUAAAAUUAUGCUUCCAAGAAGAUUUUAA